UAGAAGAGGGACGAGGGACUGCCACUGCCGAGCGGUGACUACGUGAGUCGGCUGCGUCGUAUUUAGCACUCUAUAGCGCCCUAUAAAAUAUUUUGUUUAUAAUCGUAUCAUUUAUAUAAAUGAAAAAGUAAUUGCUUAAGCUUUGCGAUAGCUUGUCGACCCUGUUGCUGUGAAGAAUAGAAGGCUAAAUGUCGCUGGACCGUCGCAUCAAGGAGGAGCCUGAUCUUAAGCCCGAUCAGGUUGUCUAUGACCGAGUGCUCGUAGAGGAUGGAGUGAUGGUGUAUAUAAAAGAGGAGCCCCCAGGCUCGGACAGCGAGGGCUCAGAUGUCACUCCAACCAGCCCGCAGAACCAUGCGGUCAUGGAGCAUGUCCUGGGAUCAGAAUCCCUACAGCAGCCUAAAGCAGCACACGCUAGAGAAACCAUAUCGGAUGUGGCCACAGUUCGCGUGAAGCAAGAGCCGACGGACCAGGAGGACUUGACGCAGGAGAUUUCGCCGGGCGUCGUGUAUCAGAUCAAAGUUGAGCGGGUAGACAAGGACACGGUGGAGGGGUUGAAGAGCUCUGUUGUGGAGCGAGUCGCUGACCCCACAGAGGCGAGGAAAGAGGGGGGCGGACAAGAGCGAGGGGAGGAGGCGCGCACGGACUUCAAAGUGCAUGACGAAUCCGCUGCUAAGGCGUCUGCCAAGCGACAGCAGAAAAAAAGAAAAACAAAAGAUAACGCCGACACUUCGACAAGGAGCCGAAAAGAAAGGCAACCCGGGCCUCACCUGUGUGACGUAUGUAACAAGGAGUUCAGAAAAGCGAACAAGUUACUGAUACACAAGCGGACACACACCGGGGAGAGGCCAUACACAUGCAACAUAUGCCACAAGCAGUUCUCGUAUUCCAACGGCUUGAAGGUACACCUAAGAACCCACACCGGGGAAAAACCACACGUGUGCCAAACGUGUAACAAAAAAUUCGGACAGUGGAGCUCUUUGAAAGUCCACGAAAGAAUCCACACAGGUGAGAAACCAUAUUCAUGCGAAAUAUGUAAAAAAGAAUUUGCUCAACUUAAUAACCUGAACAAACAUCAGCUCGUUCACUCUGAAAUAAAGCAAUACUCCUGCGAAGUAUGUAAAAAAGAGUUCAAAGAUAAUAAUAGUUUAAAAAGACAUGAACCGAUUCACAUAGAUGAAAAACUUUUUCCAUGUGGAAAAUGUAAAAAACACUUUGCAACGCCGCGCCAUUUAAGGGACCACGAGCGGGCGCACACAAGGAAAAGAAAACGUUAUUCUAGCGCGACAAGUUAAAACGAGUUUUUAUAAUCGAUCAUUCAAACGAACAUGGGAGAGAAACCAUGUUCUUGCAAAGUAUGUAAUUUACACAGACAACUAAUUUAUACCAAAGAAACAUUCGGAGGUUGAAGGUAAACGCCGAGACGGCUUUCAUGUCCAUAGUUGGAGGACAUCCAGAAUUCCAGCGUACAGGAGACCCUCGGCUCACCGCCUCAGAUCAGACUUCGCUGGCUUCGCUGCGUUACAAAGAACAGAUUAAAAAAAC